GGAAAUCUGCCUGUCGAUAGCGCGAUUCCUCUGGAGUUCUUGCCUGGGAGUCAUCAGUACUUGUUGAUGGUUUUCGGCAUCGAUUGGGCGCUAGCCCAUGUUUUUCGCAACACUGGUAGCGUGGCCGCUACUCGGGAAUCUGACGUGCGAAGAGACAUAUACGCAUUGCACGAAGUCUGAAAACAUUGGAUGGAGAUACUUCAUGAUCAUCAUGGCCGGCGUGGCCAUAAUUAUGUUUUUCCUACGCUUUGUGUGUUUUACGAUUUUCGAGAGUCCGAAGUAUUUGAUAGGGAAGGGGAGGGAUGCGGAUGCGGUGAAGAUUGUGCAUGAAGUGGCGAAGAGAAAUGGGAAGACGUCAGAGGUUUGUGAGCAGUUGGCUGGGGGUGAACUGGCGGUGCCAAUACGGCAGUCUCAGGCUCGGGCAGCGCUGGAAAGGAAUCUAGAGAAGGUAGAUUUGACGCAUAUUAAAGCGCUGUUUGCGACCAAGAAACUUGCAUUCAGUACUUCCCUUAUUACGGUCAUCUGGGCAUUCAUUGGCCUCGGCUUUCCCCUCUACAACGCCUUCCUCCCCUUCAUCCAAGCCACACGUGGCGCAGACUUCGGUGACGGCAGCACCUACCUCACCUAUCGCAACUCCUUCAUCAUCGCUGUGCUCGGGGUGCCCGGAUGUCUCCUCGGCGGCCUCCUCGUCGAACCCUCAUUCAUCGGCCGCAAAGGCACGAUCUCGGUCUCCAUAGUCCUAACUGGCGUCUUCCUCUUCUAUAGCACUACCGCGGUCACCUCUUCCGCGCUCUUCGGCUGGAACUGCGCUUAUAAUUUCAUGUCUAAAAUCAUGUACGCCGUGCUGUAUGCGUAUACGCCCGAGAUUUUUCUGACGAAGGAUAGGGGAACAGGGAAUGCGAUUACGGCGAGUGUGAAUCGUGUGUUUGGCAUUAUAGCGCCGAUUAUUGCCAUGUUUGGGAAUUUGGAGACGGCGGCCUCGGUGUAUGUCAGUGGCGCGUUGUUUGUGGCGGCGGGGCUGUUGGUGUUGGCGCUGCCGUUUGAGAGUCGUGGGAAGGCGAGUAUGUAGACCGGGUUUGGGGCUUGGGAGUGGGUGAUGGACGAAGGGUGAGGAGGAAGAAGAAGUAUAAUUGAAUAUACCCCCUUGGGACUUGACUUCGGUUAGACGGCCUAGAGUGAAGAUAAUUGCAAGAGCACGACCGCAAAG